GUUAAAUAAACGCAUUCAGUUUUAAUUUCACAUGGAAUAAAUUACUAUGUUGUAGCUUAUCAAGAGGCAGGGCCCGGGGAUCUUUAGUUACAGUUUCCACUGAAUAAGGAAAUCGCGCGGGGUCUCUUUCUCUUUAUGAGCGUAACCAGGAAAAUAACCACCAACCACAACAAUUGGUGAAGUCAAAGAACAUAACUGAUCCUAGAUCAGCUUUAUGUAGCAAAGUAUCGCUGAACAGCCGCAGUGGUGAGAUAGCGGUGGCGACUGUUGAUGUUUUUGUUGUCAGCAAAAUGGCGACAAGCGGAGAGGCCCCGGAAUCUUGGUACCUGGCUCUGCUCGGCUUUGCCGAACAUUUUCGGACGUCUAGUCCCCCGAAGAUCCGUCUCUGCGUCCACUGUCUACAGGCGGUGUUUCAGUUCAAGCCGCCACAGAGGGUCGAGGCCCGAACUCAUCUCCAGUUGGGCUCAGUACUAUACCACCACACCAAGAACACCGAACUCGCGCGGAGCCACUUGGAGAAAGCGUGGUUCAUAUCACAACAAAUCCCUCAGUUUGAAGAUGUUAAAUUUGAAGCUGCAAGUCUUCUGUCUGAACUUUACUGCCAACAGAAUCUGGUUGACUCUGCAAAGCCCCUGCUGAGGAAAGCCAUUCAGAUCUCCCAGCAAACUCCUUACUGGCACUGCAGGUUACUCUUUCAACUGGCGCAACUGCACACACUGGAGAAGGAUCUGGUGUCAGCCUGUGACCUUCUGGGGGUAGGGGCAGAGUAUGCCCGGGUGGUAGGCUCUGAAUACACCAGAGCUCUCUUUCUGUUGAGCAAAGGGAUGUUGCUGCUGAUGGAGAGGAAGCUGGGUGAGGUGCACCCUUUGCUGACACUGUGUGGCACCAUCGUGGAGAACUGGCAGGGAAACCCCAUCCAGAAGGAGUCCCUCCGAGUUUUCUUCCUGGUGCUGCAGGUCACACACUACCUGGAUGCUGGACAGGUGAAGAGCGUGAAGCCCUGUCUGAAGCAGCUGCAGCAGUGCAUCCAGACCAUCUCCACACUCCACGACGACGAGAUCCUGCCCAGUAAUCCCGCCGACCUCUUCCACUGGCUGCCCAAGGAGCACAUGUGUGUCCUCGUCUACCUGGUUACAGUCAUGCACUCAAUGCAAGCUGGCUACCUGGAGAAGGCCCAGAAAUACACAGACAAAGCACUCAUGCAGCUGGAAAAGCUCAAAAUGCUGGACUCCAGCCCCAUCUUGUCCACAUUUCAAGUCAUUCUACUUGAGCACAUCAUAAUGUGUCGACUCGUUACCGGCCACAAAGCAACGGCCCUGCAAGAGAUCUCUCAGGUGUGUCAGCUGUGCGCACAGUCACCCAGGCUGUUCACCAACCAUGCAUCACAGCUGCACACCCUGCUAGGGCUGUACUGUAUCUCCGUGAACUGCAUGGACAACGCGGAGGCCCAGUUCACCGCCGCCCUGCGGGUGAGUGACCUGACCACGCACCAGGAGCUGUGGGCGUUCAUCGUAACAAACCUGGCCAGCGUCUACAUCAGGGAGGGCAACCGGCACCAGGAGCUUUAUAGCCUGUUGGAGAGGAUAAACCCAGAUCACAACUUUCCUGUCAGCUCUCAUUGUCUGCGGGCAGCAGCCUUCUACAUCCGUGGCCUCCUCUCGUUCUUCCAGGGACGCUACAACGAGGCUAAGCGCUUCCUGAGGGAGACUCUGAAGAUGUCCAAUGCUGAAGACCUGAAUCGUCUGACCGCCUGCUCUCUGGUUCUACUGGGACAUAUCUUCUACGUGCUUGGGAACCACCGGGAGAGCAGCAACAUGGUGGUUCCAGCCAUGCAGCUGGCCAGCAAAAUCCCAGACAUGUCAGUCCAGCUCUGGUCCUCGGCUCUGCUCAAGGAUCUGAACAAGGCAUGCGGAAACACAAUAGACGCCCACGAGGCAGCUCAGAUGCACCAGAACUUCUCCCAGCAACUCCUGCAGGACCACAUUGCUGCAUGCAGCCUCCCUGAGCACAACCUUAUUAGUUGGACGGACGGACCCCCUCCGGUUGGCCAGUUUCAGGCCCAGAACGGACCCACUACCAGCCUGGCCAACCUGCUCUGAGCACCACCUGGUCGUGGGAGAGUGGGAGGGGAGGGGGGGGAAAGAAGGGGAGGACUCUGAUCGGCAUACAGCCUAGGGGAUCGUCGGUGUCCAACAUUGGCUGGCUUUUAUUGACAUUACCAUGCCAACGAGCAGAGUUAACCAAUGCAGAAUCGGAAUACUACCUAGGCCACAUAUUUUAUAUGGAAUUCUAUAGAUCAUACCUUAUUCUUUCACUGGUAGGAUUUUUUUAGUGGGCGGGUGGUGGGGAGUGCACAGGGGAUAAUGUCUUUAGGUGGUGACAUGAAAGAGAGUAUAGAUCGCUGAUCUUGCACCUACCUCAGAGAGGCUGCCACUGGGCAUUGCAUUAGCAGAGACUAAAUAACGAAAAUAGUGUACCAUCUAUAGUAAAAUUUCAAAUCUGAGGCCCUUUAUCUAAGUUCAAGUUUUUACCGAUAACCACAUGGCAGUCAAAGACACUGAUAAGCUACCUAUAAGGUAAACUAUCGCCCCCUGACAAGAAGCUAGCUUUUUGGUCUAGCUGGUGGUGUGUGGUUUAAAUAAAAUUUCUGACAACGAGUUAAAUAACAGGUUUUUACACACAGUGAAAAGACACCACCUGUACUCCAGGCAGAACAGUAAACCUGUUGGAAGAUGGUUUGUUGGAUACUGGAGCAACAUGUUCUGGAGUGGCAUUGGAUUGGAUUAAUAUUUGUCUUCUUUUUUUUUUUUUACUUGAUAAUCAUUUUGAAUUGAAAAUUGUAGGGAAUAUUUUUCCACCAUUUUUUUUCAGUAGGUGAUAACUCAAACGUUACACUUCACUUGGAUAUUUUAUUCCUACUAAUUUUACCUCUUGUUGUUUCCUUCAUGUUUGGCACCUUGUAACUCUCACCACCCCUGCAGUCCUGUUCUAAAAAUGAUUGUCCCUCUAAAAACUUGCCUAUAGUACCCGUUGCAACCAGAUGGGGGUACUGCAGAGUCGUAUUGGAGCAACCUGUUGGUGAAACGCCAAAGGACGCUCCAACCUGUAUUUUAAUAAACUUAUCAGGGUUUGUCCCCUAACAAAUCUAUCACCAAGAAUACCACAGUGCGUAUUUUCUAAAUCUAUUUAAAUGUCAUCAUAUUUUUUUUUUUAGUAACGUAUCACAAUGCAGACUCUUAUUUUAGCAACCAUGUUGAAAUGAUACCUGUGUGUUGCAAAUAUUUACCUCUUUAUUUUUAACAAAUUAAUCAAUUUACUAGAGUUUGUAAAUUUCACUAUUUAUAUACCACAUUGGACAAUAGUUUCACUAUUUUGUUGAUUUUUGUGAAGAUAUGGCAGAAAAUGUAUGUGUAUUUUUAUGUUUCUUAUGAAUAAUGAUUUAAACAUGAAAGUGCUACGUUUGGUCAGUUGUCAAACAAAAUGCUACAACUAUGACAGCCUUAAGUCGGUUAUUUUCAAGUAUAUGUUACACUGUGGGUCAUUAGGGUAUUUUAAUACUGGUAAUGUUUUUAAAUCCUUUUUUCCCCUCCAAUACAUUUUCAAAAACAUUUUUUAAUUAAAAUUGAAAAUGGACAUUAAGUUAUCAAUUGCAUCAACUGGCCUUUCUGCUGAUCUGAAACGCUCCCAUUUACAAACGCCAUCAUCCUAAUCUUUUGUAUGUGACUGCCCGUGUUUUCCUUGCCUGCCGGCGGAGAGUUACUGGAACCAUGGGUGUCCGGGGUGGUCAGCCAGGAUCUUUCUUGCAUCUUCUCUUACUCUGGAGCCUUGUAGGACCUUGGUUGAUGGUAGACAGCCAUUGACUUUUCCUGCAGAUCAGACAAUGCGUUACAGAUAACCCCUUCGGUGGGCAAACGCGACCCAAAGCCAUAGGAGGAGUUGAGGUCGGACACUACGGUUCAUAUGCAAAGCCGGAUCAGAAUCUUUUAUUUUAUUUUUUUUCUUCACCUGUCACAAGUGGUAUGUCAUUGGUCUCGAGGCAACAAUCAUCUACAAGUUCUGUUCAAACCCUGUACACACUGUGACUGUGAAAACUGCUUAAAAUACACAUUUGUACAUGUU